AUGUCAAUGUUACUCUCGUUAACACAAACUAAACAGCAAUCGAGAAGUUCCAUCGCUUCAAAUUCUCUGAUCAAUGUGCAGCGACGAUCAACAUUGACAACAACUAAUCCAGCAGAUUCCACGCCUGCACAUGAAAAUCAACAAACACCAUUUCUAUCCAUAAGUCAGUUGGCUGCAAGUGUUUUUAUUCGCUCUGAUUCAAUAUUGCCGCGUGAGAGACCAACAACGUUAAGAGAUGUAUCAAGUUUUGAAGAGGAAGAAAUUGAAUUGUACCAAGAGAUUAAACGUCGAAUGUCCCUCUCCCUGUUCAAAGUACAUCAGUUCUACAAGAUGCCAAGAAUUUAA